AAUGGCGGCUAACUUGAGGCAACCAAUAAGCGACUGACAGACUUUACACAGUGUACUGACGUCACACUACUUAAGGUCUCUGAUUGGCUGCCAACUUGAUAAACUAGUUCUCACUCCUCGACCGUGUAAAGAUGAGGAUCACUUUUGCGUUUGAGAUCCCUGUUGUCCAUCCCGAACGUGAAAGAGCAACAUGACAAUGGUUGUAUGCUCUGACGCAAUAGCGACGAAGAGGCCUAGAGUUUUGUGGUACAACAUAGCAUUGCUACUGCAAGUCUCAAUGGAUGUGGUCAUGUGGAGCUUAGGCCGAUCAGCCACUUCUAAGACUACGUAGAAACUCGUGCACGGACACACUACUGAACUCCAACUCCAAUGAACCCUUGGCGGCCGUUGUGGGGCCGGAUAUUAGCAUAUACAGCCACUGGUGAGUGGUGUGGAUGUUGUAUGGGUUUACUACGGCCACUGCAUUGUGUAUCACGUACAGGAAAAAAAGACUUUUGUAUUCACUCACUAUCAGUGGGCCAAAGGCUGUUGCAUUUCUGCUACGUUUUUCCGGUGGUGCGUGCAAGUUGGCAACGCUCUGUUAAUCAGCUGGCACAUAUCGCACAUAGACUUGAGCGCGUAUCGCAUACCAACCGCAGACUCCGUAGCGCGUGGACAACUGUAACUUUCUGUGAAGACUUGUGCCGUUGUGUUUGUAUUCCCGGCUACUCCCUGAAGAUUUGUGACAGUCAUAUUUUGUUUGCGGAUACAAUUUAAUGACAUUUGAUCGCUGCACUUGUCGCGUGGGCAAGCAACAUGAUGGCGAUAUGCAGUAGCGUGUCCACACUGCUUACAGUACUGUUUCUUCUGACUAAUCGUCACAUCGGUGCUGAAGAUAUAACCGUGAUUAACUCCACGCCAUUGGUGUCCAACGGAGAAACCUUGUUGUCGUGCCUUGAUGCGGCCGUCGCAGCUCCCCUCUCGCCGGCGCAGCUCACUCUCCUCGGGCUGACUGCCACCGGCCAAGAGACGCCACUGCCCGGCGGGGCCAGCGCGGCGGUCAACGGGGAGGGGGAUCAGCUGGAAGCCCGCUGGGGCAGCGAACUCGGAGACAGCCGGCGUGGGGCGUUCUUCUGCGCCGGGUCCGACCGAGAAGACAAAGUGAUUACCUUCAAGACGUACAAAGAAGCCCUGAUCCAACCAGAGCGUUUGACGGUGACGGCAAGUCUUGGCGAGACCGCCCGCCUGACCAUGGUCAACAAGGGACGGCGGCCGGCAUCGGACACGGCCCGCUGGACGUUCAACGGGGCGGACGUCGAUCCGGCCUCGCCCAACAUCUCCUCCAUUCCGCCCGGGGAGGAAAUCUACGAGAUCCCCAACGUCAGUCUGGCGGAUGCGGGCAUCUACGAGGCUUACCCGACCUCCAACCGGUCCCUGGGGGGUUUCGUUCGCCUCAUCGUUAGAGCGUGUCAAGAAGGCAAGUAUGGUAGCGACUGCCAGCAGAAUUGCCUGCCGUGUCAGCACGGCGGGGUUUGCCACGACCGGACCGGUGCUUGCAUCUGCCCUCCGGGAUUCAUGGGCGACCAGUGUGAAAUCGCUUGCGGUGGCAACAAGUUUGGUCCGACCUGUCAACGGCAAUGCAAAGCAGACAGUUGUCAACACAUGCACUUCACCCUAUCCGACCCCUACGGCAGCUCCUGCGCAACGGGCUGGAGCGGCCUGGCGUGCGAUCUGCCCUGUGCAGAUGGAUUGUAUGGAGCAGGCUGUAGGGAAGUCUGCACCUGUCCGCUCGGUAUCCCGUGUGACCAAUUUACCGGUGAAUGCCAGUGCCCACCUGCGAAAAUGGGACCCACGUGUGAAGACGACAAAUACUUCUUUUUGGCCAACGUGACUACGGUGACAUUGGGCAGUGGUAUCCGAGUCGCUCUGGUCUGCGGCUGUCAAUCGUCAGUCACCGACUGUCCAGCCAUCUUUAUUGAGAGUGUUGAGCCAAGUGCCCUGCCGCCCAAGUCCGACAAGGCCAUAGAUUUCCCGGACAGAAAUCAGAACAGGCUGCUCUUCACCCCUUACUCGAUCAGCGGCCCCUGGGUCUUCAAGUGUACGUUGGGAAUCAGCCCCGCUCCAGUUUUCGAGUAUUUCGUCAACAUCACUGCAAUCGAGAACUUGCCCUUGGUUUCCGUGGAUGACGUGGGAGUCAACAUUGGUGCGACGGCCACCUUCCAAUGCGAUGUGGGCAACGUCAACCCCAAUGACGUCACCGUGCGUCUGUUCCCUAACGCCAACCCGACCUCCACCAAGGCCCCCGGGACACAUUACCCGUCGGGAACCGGUGCCGUGUUUUUGUUCUACAUCGACGACACAACGCUGGACAUGGCGGGUGACUAUACGUGCCGGGCUAGCGGGGCCGGUGGAGUGGCUACCGGCCAAGCUCAGCUGCAGGUUAAACAGCAACCUCGGCCAAGCCUGUCACCAGAGGUGACGGCCGUGACCUGUCACACCGCCACCAUCCGAAUCAACGCUGGCUCUUUCACGGGCGACGGACCAAUCGUUAGGUAUUCCUUGGAGUACAAGCGAUCGGACGAGUCUGCCUGGACUCCCAGAGACGAGGAAAGCGUUCCAAGCGACGACAUCGUGAUCCUAUCCGGACUGAGGGGCCAAACCAGUUACAACGUCAGAGUGGUGCUGGUCAGGCCAGGUGAGGGGUCUUCUACAAGUGGGCGAGGAAGUCCCGGAGAUCCCACAUCUUUUUUCACAGACCAUGACGCCCCCAGCGCCCGUCCUUCUAUCACGGUUUCUACUGAAGAUGACGUCUCGACAGUACUUCGAGUUUCCUGGAGUGCAUCUAUACCACCGACAGAUGAAAUAGACAGCGCCCUCAUUGAGUACACAAUCCGGGGAGAGGACAACACCCAGCAGUUGCCGGUCAACGACCUGUCGGAGUCUAGCGCCCUCUUGGAAGGACUCCGGCCAUUCACCGUCUACUCAGUCCGCAUGCAGUUCGUCAACUGCCAAGGCGGGGGCCGGUUCAGUGCACGAAGAACAGUAACGACUAACGAGGGAGCCCCAAGCAAAGUCUCCAAUUUGAUAGUGGAAGUCCGGUCCCAUGACAGUAUCGCGGUAGACUGGGGCACCCCCGCCGAAGCCAACGGCGUUAUCAGGUACUACGAGGUCAGCUCCUUGGAGUUCAUCAGUAGUUCCCAAGAGAACGAGCCCACGGUGACCCGGGUCCAUCCGCCAGACACCGAGUUGGUCCUGGAUGGCCUGAGGCCAUACACUACCUACAUCAUCGAGGUGGUUGCAGUAACGGUGACAAAGGGGGAAGUGGAGUCCAGAACCGUUCAGACUUUAGAAGACAAACCCUCCGGCCCGCCCACAUCGCCCCAGUCGGGACGCGUCAUGGCCACCAGCAUCGAGUUCAUCUGGGAACCGCCCGUGGCCGAUCAACGCAACGGCGUAAUCGUCCAGUACGAGUACAUCUGCGUCAGCCCAGACGGCACGGACCGUUCUCAGCACGGCAACUCUACGGACACGCGGGUGGUGGUCAGCGGGCUGCAACGCAAGGUGCUGUAUGAGUUCCGCGUGCGGGCCUACACGGCGGUCGGCCCCGGUCCAUACUGCCCUGAAUUUCGGGAGCAGACGCUUGAAGCAGAUGUGAUCGUGACCACCAAACCGCCCCGCACUACCAAGCCAAAAGCAAUUAUACCAGGACAGUCCGCUGAAGAUGGUACGGGGCCCGUGGCUGGUGGUUUGGAUGGGGCAGGCCUAGCCAUGAUUAUCGCCGCGGUCGUUGUAGGCAUGGUCCUAGUAGCUGCCCUGGCGGUGGCCGUCUACACGUCGUACUUCAAGAAUAAGAGACGUAACGUAGACUUGGACACCAACGACCCCAAUUUCAUCAUGCGAUUCAGCGAC